AUGGUUAAAGCAUUUGCUCUCCUCCCGGUCUUUGCCGCUCUCCUCGGUGCUGCUGAGGCACACACCCGCGUUUGGAGUCUUUGGGUCAAUGAUGUCGACCAAGGUGAUGGUCGUAGCACUUACAUUCGCAGCCCUCCUAGCAACAGCCCUGUUAAGAACGUAGCGAGUAGCGAUAUCAUCUGUAACGUUGCCAACACUAAGGGCUCUGCCAGCGUCCCAGUUGCUCCUGGUGACAAGGUUACCUUCGAAUGGUACCACGACAACCGUGGCGACGAUAUCAUUGAUGGCAGCCACAAGGGGCCUAUCACAGUCUACAUUGCGCCUGCCGCCUCCAACGGAGCUGGCGCUGUCUGGACCAAGCUCGCCGAGUCUGGUCUCUCCGGUGGAACAUGGGCCGUCGAUACUCUCAUUGCCAACAAGGGCAAGCACAGUCUUACCCUUCCUUCAGGUCUUGCCUCUGGCGACUACCUCUUGAGGGCUGAGAUCAUUGCUCUCCACGAGGCCGACACUGAUUACACCGUCAACAGUGCUCGUGGUGCGCAGUUCUACCCUUCGUGCUCCCAGGUCACCGUUUCUGGAAGUGGCACUGUUUCUCCUCCAGGAACAUUCAACUUCAUCGGUGGUUACAGCCCCACUGACCCCGGCAUUCUGUUCAACCUUUACGGUGGAUCGACCACCUAUACAAUCCCCGGUCCUGCUGUCUGGGACGGAACCUCAAGCGGUAGCGGGAGUGCUUCUACCAGCACUGCCGUCGCUGCUGUCCCUACUAGCAAGUCUACUACUGCCGCUGUCCCCACCACUACUUCUGCUGCCGUUGUUGUCCCUACUACUACCUCUGCCGCCGUUGUUGUCCCUACUACCACCGCAGCUGUUGUCGUCCCAACCACCACCAAGGUUGCUGUCCCAACCACCACCAAGGCGGCUGUCAAGACCUCCACCGCUCCUGCUGCCGCUACUUCUGCUCCCGCUUCUGGUUCUGGCACUAUUGCCAAGUACUACCAGUGCGGUGGAAAGCUCUGGACUGGUGCCACUGCUUGCGUCUCUGGAUGCAGCUGUGUCCAACAGAACGACUACUACUCCCAGUGCUUGUAA